AUGUUUGGCUGCUCUGCUGCAGGGCACAGUGGCAUCAACCAGCUGGGCGGCGUCUACGUCAACGGCCGCCCCCUGCCGGACUCGACGCGCCAGAAGAUCGUCGAGUUGGCGCACUCGGGCGCGCGCCCCUGCGACAUCUCCAGGAUCCUGCAGGUCUCCAACGGAUGCGUCUCCAAGAUCCUGGGCAGGUACUACGAGACGGGCUCCAUCAAGCCACGAGCGAUCGGCGGCUCCAAGCCACGAGUCGCCACCUCCAACGUGGUCAACAAGAUCGCCGAGUACAAGCGUGAGUGCCCGUCCAUCUUCGCCUGGGAGAUCCGCGACCGGCUCCUCUCCGAGGGCGUCUGCACCAACGACAACAUCCCGAGCGUGUCGUCCAUCAACCGCGUGCUGCGCAACCUGGCGGCGCAGAAGGAGCAGCAGGUGACGGCGCAGAGCGAGUCUGUGUACGACAAGCUGCGCAUGUUCAACGGCCAGGCGGCCGGUUGGGCAUGGUACCCGGGGGCGCCGCCUACGCCGCACCUAGGCUUGGCGCCCGCCGCGGGCAUGCUGCCUGGACAGGCGGCGCGUGAUGACCUCCACAAGAGGGUGACGGGGGAGCUGUCGCACGAGACGACGUCCGACGGCAACUCGGAGCACAACUCGUCGGGCGACGAGGACUCUCAGUUGCGCCUGCGCCUCAAGCGGAAGCUGCAGCGCAACCGCACCUCCUUCACCAACGAGCAGAUCGACUCCCUCGAGAAAGAGUUCGAGCGCACGCACUACCCGGACGUGUUCGCGCGAGAACGCCUAGCGGAGAAGAUCGGCCUGCCCGAAGCCCGCAUACAGGUGUGGUUCUCGAACCGGCGUGCCAAGUGGAGGCGCGAAGAGAAGCUGCGCAACCAGCGACGCGCCGUCGAACAGGCGGGGGCGCCCACCGCGCCCGCGGGCCGCCUACCGCUCAACUCCGGCUUCAACUCCAUGUACUCCUCCAUCCCGCAGCCCAUCGCCACCAUGGCUGACUCCUACAGCUCCAUGUCGACGAGCCUGAGCAGCAUGGGCGCGGGCAGCUGCCUGCAGCAGCGCGACCACGGCUACCCGUACAUGUUCCACCACCACGACCCGCUGCACUCGCUCAGCUCGUCGUACGCCAGCCACUCGCGCGCCGCCGCCGCCGUCUCGGCCGCCUGCAACCCGGCCGCCGCGCACGCGCAGAGCGCAGCCGCCGCCGCCGCCGCCGCCCCCGGACACGCGACGCCGUACGCCGCCGCUGCCGCCGCCGCCGCCGCCGUCUCCUCCGCCUCCACGCCGGCCACCGCGGGCACAGGCGUGAUCUCGGCGGGCGUGUCGGUGCCGGUGCAGAUCCCCAGCCAGGGGCCGGACCUGACGUCCAACUAUUGGCCGCGGAUCCAGUGA